CCCUUCGUCGUAGGCUGGGGGAUGUAACCUUCCGACAUUUGUUAUGGAAGAUGUCAUUCGUGAGAGCAGCUAUGAUAACUGCGUCAAAGUCAACAGUAUUGAACCUUGCUAGGGCAUCAACUCUUUUGUCCAACAAUGUGAGCCAACAGUUACACCGGCUUCCUCAAAAUCACCUGCCCUUUUACACAACGGCGCUUCAUCGCUUCAGCAGUGCCUCAACCCAGCAGAAGCCAGCGGGGUCAGAACCACCUGAAGACAAAGUACAACUCACUGAGUCAUGUGUGAAGAGACUAGGGGAAAUCAUGGGGAAGGGUGAUUAUCUGAGAAUACAUGUGGAGGGAGGAGGCUGCUCUGGGUUCCAGUACAAGUUUUCUGUUGAGAAUAACAAGAAUGAAGAUGACAGGGUGUUUGAGCAAGGAGGAGUGGGCAUCAUUGUGGACCAGGACAGCCUGGAGUUUGUGAAAGGAGCCACUGUGGACUUCACCCAGGAGCUGAUCCGCUCCACCUUCCUCGUGCUCAAGAAUCCUCAAGCCGAUCAUGGCUGCUCCUGUGGCAGCUCCUUCUCUGUCAAACUAUGACCCUGCGUCAAUGUUACUUGAUACACUGAUUUACCAGUUUGUGUAAAAAAUGCAAUUAAAUAUCAUAAGACACUUUUAAACAUAAUGCUUUCUAACUACUGGUGUUGUAGGUGUGAAACAAGUGAACUGAAUGAAAGGAUGGGGUAUCUAUUGAUCAUUGUGCUGUUUUGCAGAUGGUGACAGUCGUUGCUCAUUGAUAGAUGAGUUCACAACAUUCAGCUGUAAUCAUCAUGUAUUCAAUUCAAAACAAAAGCUCAAUUGAGACGUUUGAGUCUGCGGUGCUUAGAUUUGCCCUGGGUGUAAACUAUGUAAAUAGGCUAAAUCUAUGAUUGCAGAGAGCUAAGCUAUAUUGUAUUUGUUUCAUCUAAAAUAAAAUUGAGUGAAUUUCAAA